AUGCGUUCAUUGGCAGACAUAUAUGAGUCGUGUGAUCUUGCUUUGAGUGUUUUGGAGCCUCAAAAAUUUGAGGAAGCAGUGAAAGAAAAAAUUUGGCACGACGCAAUGGAAGAAGAAAUUAGAGUUAUCAAGAAAAAUUCUACGUGGGAGCUUGUUGAUCGGCCUAAAUCAAAGGACAUCAUUGGACUUAAAUGGAUCUACAAGACAAAAUACAAUGAAGAUGGCUCAAUACAAAAGCAUAAGGCUCGGUUGGUUGCCAAAGGCUACUCUCAACAACCUAGAGUAGAUUUUAAUGAAACGUUUGCUCCGGUUGUACGAAUGGAAACUAUACGAACUGUGUUGGCUUUGGCAGCACAAUUGAAAACUCAAGUUUUUCAAUUGGAUGUCAAGUUCGCUUUUUUGAAUGGAGAACUUGAAGAAGAAGUUUACGUGGAGCAGCCGCAAGGAUAUAUUGAAAAGGGAAAUGAAAACAAAGUUUGUCGACUUCGGAAAGCACUAUACGGCUUAAAGCAAGCUCCAAGAGCCUGGAAUAGCAAAAUUGAUCAAUAUUUCUGUCAAAGUGGAUUUGUAAGAAGUCCAAGUGAGCCAUCACUCUAUCUCAAGAAAGAAGGUACACAUGAUUUUCUUAUUGUGUGUCUUUAUGUUGAUGACUUGAUUUAUACAACUACCAAACCAAGGAUGGUAGAAGCAUUCAAGAAGGACAUGAUGAAAGAAUAUGAGAUGACUGAUUUGGGUUCUAUGAAGUAUUUUCUAGGAAUUCAAGUCCAACAAUCGAAAAAAGGGGUUUUUAUGUAUCAAGAAAAGUAUGCAGAAAAUCUCUUGAAAAGGUUCAAUAUGUUGAACAGCAAGCCAAUGGAUACUCCAAUGGCAAUUAAUUUAAAGCUUUCAAGUAAUGAUGGAGCACCAAGAGCUGAUGCUUCUAUGUAUAGAAGUAUUGUUGGCUCACUUAUUUAUUUAUCUAAUACAAGGCCAGACAUAGUUCAUGCAGUUAGUGUUGUAUCUCGAUUCAUGAAUGAUCCAAGUAAUCAUCAUUUUGCUGCUGUUAAAAGAAUACUAAGAUAUGUGCAAGGAACCAAAGGAUAUGGCCUCAAAUAUACACAAGAGAAAGAAAGCAUUUUAGUUGGGUUCACAGACAGUGAUUGGGCUGGUGCAAUUGAUGAUAGAAGAAGCACAUCUGGGCAUGUGUUUUUCUUGGGAAAAAAAGUUAUAUCAUGGUCAUCGAAGAAGCAAAGUACAGUGGCAUUAUCAACAGCCGAAGCGGAAUAUAUUUCAGCCACAAGUGCAGCAUGUGAAGCAGUUUGGAUUAGAAGAAUAUUAGCAGAUCUUCAUCAAAAGCAAAACACUCCAACAAAUUUGUACUGUGAUAACAUGUCCACAAUUGCCAUGACAAAGAACCCAGUCUUUCAUAGCAGGUCAAAGCACAUAGAACUUCGUCAUCAUUUUAUCAGAAAAUUGGUUGAAGAUGGAGAGAUUGAAUUGCAAUUUUGUGGUACUGAUGAGCAGAUUGCAGAUGUUUUUACAAAAGCACUUCCAAGAGAGAAGUUCUACUAUUUCAGAGAAAACCUAAAUGUCAUAGGACAAAUGCAUUAA